GGUGAAUCUUUACCGGUUGUGAUAUCGGCGAUGUUGAAUGAUGAAGAAGAAUUGAAGUUGAUAGAGCUACUGAAGUCACACAAGAAGGCUCUAGGAUGGUCCAUUGCUGACAUCAAAGGGAUUAGCCCUGCAAUUUGUAUGCAUAAAAUUUUGAUGGAAGAUGGAGCUAAACCGGUAAGAGAAAGACAAAGAAGGUUGAACCCACUUAUGCAAGAAGUGGUGGAAAAAGAGGUGAAAAAAUUGUUGAAAUUUGGGAUGAUCUAUCCCAUUUCCGAUAGUGAGUGGGUCAGCCCAGUGCAAUGUGUACCGAAGAAAGGAGGAAUAACCGUGACCGUCAAUGAAAAGAAUGAAGUCUUAGCAACUCGAUUGGUAAACUCAUGGAGAGUUUGCAUGGACUAUAGAAGAUUGAACAAGGCGACAAGAAAAGAUCACUUUCCGCUGCCAUUUCUCGAUCAGUUGCUAGAUAGAAUUGCGGGUUAUUCUCAUUAUUGCUUCUUGGAUGGAUACUCGGGGUAUAAUCAGAUUGCAAUUGCCCCGGAAGAUCAAGAAAAGACGACAUUCACAUGUCCUAUUGGUACGUAUGCCUUCCGCCGGAUGCCUUUUGGGUUAUGCAAUGCACCGGCUACAUUCCAACGUUGCAUGAUGGCAAUUUUUUCCGAUAUGAAUGAAGACAUUAUGGAGAUCUUCAUGGAUGAUUUCUCCGUCUUUGGAUCCUCAUUUGAUCUUUGCUUAGAAAAUUUGAGACGGGUCUUACAAAGAUGUGAAGAAUCGAAUCUCGUGCUCAAUUGGGAAAAAUGUCAAUUCAUGGUCAAUGAAGGUAUAGUGUUGGGACACAAGGUGUCGGAGUUGGGGUUAGAGAUGGAUAAGGCUAAGAUUGAUGUGAUCUCGAAGUUACCUCCCCCAACAAAUGUGAAGGGCAUCCGUAGUUUCCUUGGACAUGCGGGAUUCUACCGACGGUUUAUAAAAGAUUUUUCAAAGAUUGCAAAGCCACUUUGCAACUUACUUGAGAAGGAUGUCAAGUUCGUCUUUGAUGAGAAAUGCCUUGAGGCAUUUGAAUUGUUGAAGAAAAAGCUAGUCGAAGCACCUAUUAUUAUCACACCGGAUUGGUCGAAGCCAUUUGAAUUAAUGUGUGAUGCUUCGGACUAUGCUGUGGGGGCCGUUUUAGGCCAAAGGAAAGACAAGGUCCUACAUGCCGUUUACUAUGCUAAAGGGUUGUCUUCUAACCAAAAGAAGAAGUUUUUGAGUGACACCCGCACAUAUGUUUGGGAAGAUCCAUUUCUCUUCCGUAUUUGUAGUGAUGGAGUGAUUCGAAGGUGUGUUGGAGAGCAUGAGCACCUUCAGAUUUUAUGUGACAGUUGCCAAAGAACCGGCAAUAUCUCGUGGAGAAAUGAAAUGCCAAUGAACAACAUUCACGAGGUAGAACUCUUUGAUGUUUGGGGAAUAGACUUCAUGGGACCGUUUCCCAAGUCUAAUGGGCAACAGUACAUUCUCGUAGCUGUUGAUUAUGUGUCCAAAUGGGUAGAGGCAGUGGCCUCGUCAACCAAUGAUGCCAAAGUGGUGUUGAAGUUUAUCAAGAAUCACAUCUUUAACCGCUUUGGGACACCUCGAGCCAUUAUCAGUGAUGGAGGAACUCAUUUUUGCAACAAGUUGUUUGAAAACCUCCUAGGGAAGUAUGGUGUCCAACACAAGGUUGCUACCCCUUAUCAUCCCCAAACGAGUGGUCAAGUUGAAGUCUCUAAUCGAGAGAUAAAGCGGGUGCUUGAGAAAGUGGUGAAGCCGUCUCGAAAGGAUUGGGCUCAAAAGUUAGAUGAUGCUUUGUGGGCAUAUCGAACGGCAUAUAAGACCCCGAUUGGAACUUCACCAUACAAAUUGGUUUUUGGAAAAGCUUGUCAUUUGCCGGUAGAGCUUGAGCAUAAAGCUUAUUGGGCUUUGCAAAAGCUCAACUUGGACUAUGAUGCUGCAGCCGAGAAGAGAAUGUUUGACAUGAAUGAAAUGGACGAGUUUAGGCUUCAUGCUUAUGAGAGCGUUGAUCUCUACAAGGAGCGGGCUAAGAAGAUACAUGAUGCAGCCAUUAAGCCUCGUCAUUUCCAUGAAGGACAACUGGUCCUUUUAUACAAUUCUCGGCUCAAACUGUUUCCGGGCAAGCUCAAGUCAAGAUGGUGGGGUCCUUAUGUGGUGCACAAGGUGUACCCCUAUGGUGCUGUGGACAUUCGAGAUCAGAAGAGUGAUUCUAUUUGGAAGGUGAAUGGCCAACGCUUGAAGGCUUAUGUUGGAGUUGAAAGUGGCAUGGAGGCAAGAGAAGUGGCUUCUCUGGUGGAGCCAAAAGUGUAGAUCAAGGAUGAAGAAAGUCGAGCCAACGACUAUAAACAAAGGCGCUGAUUGGGAGGCA